AUGGAUGAUGACUUUGUGGCUUCCUCCACACCCUCAUUUCUCACUGAAAGCUUGGAGUUGGCAAUGGAAGUGGAGAAUGAGAACUCAAAGCCGCCUUGUUUUUCCUGUGCUUUUGACAACCAAAAUGGAGGGAGAAGCUUCUCUUCAGAGUCUUAUUUAGCAAGUGGGUCUUUUAAGAGGGUUUUGCUGAGACUAGAUCCUUCUCCAAAUGACUAUGAAGAAGAUGUAGUGGAAAUGUUUGGUUUUCAGUGGGUUACUGAAAUGGCCUUAGUUGAAUCCUGUGGACUUCUCUUUGGGUUACUUAGGCAACAGAUAUACAGACUGGAAAACCUAGUACAAAUGAGUUCAUCUGAUUUUGGUCAAGCUGCAAACUUUCACUCUGAAGCAGAGAGCAUCAGGCGUCAAUGUACUGAGUUUUUGCAUUAUGUGAAAGUUUUCAUCUUCAGGUAUCUGGAACCCCCUAAAGUAGAAAAUGAUGGAAUCCUCCAUCCAUAUGAAGAACUAGAAGCACAGUUACCAUCACUGUUGGUGGAAGAGCUUCAUGCUUUGACCAUGCACAUUGGUCACCUUUGUGAACUCCCUAGUAGUGUCCUGGCAACAUUUACUGUUCAACAUCUGGCAAAGGUCUUUCCCCCAUCAUGGCAUUUACUACACCUCCACUUGGAUAUUAAUUGGCUAGUAUUGGAAGUUCUUCAUGUAUUAAGUGAAAAAUUGAUGAGACAAGUUGUAUAUGCUAACCAUUUCAUAAAUCUAACUGGAGAGAAUUUAACCAGUAUCAGUUUAUUUGAGACACACUGUGGAAAUCUCAUAUCUGAUUUAAUAAGCUUGUCCAUCAACAAGUAUAUAAAGGUGAGACCUUCUGAGGCUCUUAUUAGUCACCACUAUCCGUGUACCUGCAUUAAAGAAUUAUGGGUUCUACUUAUUCAGCUGCUGGACCACAGAAAUAAAGGGUCACACACAGAGUGUUUCUGGAGCUUGGUGAACAAAACUCUGAAGAGUAUCUUUGAAAGGCCAAGUAGUUCUGAAAGAAUAUCUGGUUUUGAAACAAUUCAGUGUAAAGACCCAUUGAGUUUUAGCUGGUGGAUCAUUACUCAUCUGGCAUCACUCUACCAGUUUGAUCGUAAUGGAAAUCUAGAUGAAAAGAAACAGAAGGAAUCCAAUUGGAAAUUUGUGGAAGAACUCCUUAAAAAAUCCACUGAUGCUCAAACUGUUGUGUUAGAGGAACACUUACGAAUGCAUCUCCAGUGCUGCUUGACUUUGUGUGGUUUCUGGGACUUGAACCUAUCUAUUGUCACCAUACUCUGGGAUUAUUACAGCAAGAACCUGAACAGUUGCUUUACUGUUCCUUGGCUUGGUCUGAAGGGUCUGGCAAAUAUUAGUAAAACUUCUUUGUCAAUGCUUGAGUUGGUGAAGAGUUGCUGUUGUGAGCAGCAGAUCCCUACCCUGUACGAGUCCAGCAACAGUUACUUCAUUUUUCUCAGCAUUUUGGCACAGAUGAUGAAGAAAACAGAGAACAGUGGCGUGCAUCCUUGGAGACAAAUUAAAGGACGAAUUUAUUCCAAGUUCCAUCGAAGAAGAAUGCAGGAGCUGACAGAAGUGGGACUGCAGAACUUUUUAAACCUGUUUCUCAUGCUGGCGAUCGUUGCAGAGACAGAAGACAUAGUGAGUCGAGUAUUGGAUCUUUUGGAUUUCCUGACUCCAUCCUCCGUUACCGUGUCUCAAAGGGCUCUCAUCUGGAGAGGUCAUUUUGCUUUCCUUUUGAUUUACGUUGAGAAGAACAUGGACAUCAGUGUCCUAGCUGAGAAACUCUCAAAUGCUUUCCGUGAGAAGGCAAAGGAGUUUUUAGUACGGAAAAAUGACAACACACAGAAACAAAAUCUCUGGACUCUCCUUUCAACUUACAUUGAUGGUGUCCAAGAAGUGUUUGAGACCAGCUGCUACUUGAGCCUUUCUGAGGAAAAGUUGCUGAAUGAUGGCUUUAGUAUGCUGCUGCCUGCUUGUCGAGGAGCUGAACUGAGUUUGGUCCUAAAUUUUCUUCAGGUUGUUCUAGCCAGACUUCGGUAA